AUGGCUUCCUCGUCGUCCAAUGUUGUCGGUGUGCACUAUCGUGUAGGAAAGAAAAUUGGCGAGGGUUCAUUUGGUGUCAUCUUUGAAGGCACCAACCUUCUCAACAAUCAGCAGGUGGCCAUCAAGUUCGAACCUCGAAAGAGUGAUGCGCCUCAGCUUCGAGAUGAAUACAGAACCUACAAGAUCCUUGUCGGAUGCCCCGGCAUUCCCAAUGUCUACUACUUCGGCCAAGAGGGUCUCCACAAUAUCCUAGUCAUUGAUCUUCUCGGCCCCAGCCUCGAAGAUUUGUUCGACAGCUGCAACCGCAAGUUCUCGACAAAGACUGUUGUCAUGGUCGCGAAGCAAAUGCUCUCCCGCGUUCAAACGAUUCACGAGAAGAACCUCAUUUAUCGCGACAUCAAACCCGACAACUUCCUCAUCGGCCGCCCUGGCACCAAGGCCGCCAAUGUGAUUCACGUUGUUGACUUUGGCAUGGCCAAGCAAUACCGUGACCCCAAGACCAAGCAGCACAUUCCGUACCGCGAGCGCAAGUCGCUAUCUGGAACGGCCAGAUAUAUGAGUAUCAACACCCACUUGGGCCGUGAACAAUCGCGACGAGAUGAUCUCGAGGCCCUUGGUCACGUCUUUAUGUAUUUCUUGCGAGGUGGUCUGCCCUGGCAGGGUCUCAAGGCCGCCACCAACAAGCAAAAGUAUGAGAAGAUUGGCGAGAAGAAGCAGUCCACCCCGAUCAAGGACCUUUGUGAUGGAUUCCCUGAGGAGUUCAACAAGUACCUUAGCUAUGUCCGCAACUUGGGCUUUGAGGAUACCCCAGACUACGACUACCUUCGCGAUCUCUUCACUCAGGCAUUGAAGAACAGAGGCGAGGCUGAAGACGGCGAAUACGACUGGAUGAAGACCCCGAAUGGCCGCGGCCUGGCAUCAAAGCCUCACCCAACUCACUAUGGCGCCCAGGCUCCCCCAAACUCGUCGGCCAAGGAGCUCCGGGGCCGAGCGAUUCCCCCGGGCCGUUUAAACGCCGAGACGCCCUCCCUACCGUCCGCAGCGAAGCCGGGAGUGUCACCGAAACCGGGCGUGGGCAACCCGGACCGUCGAAGCGUGCCCGGCGGACCGCAAGCCAAGCGUCAGAGCGGGGUGUUGGGGGGAUUAUCCGACUCGCCCACCCCGGCGGCGUCGACUCAGGCUCAGUUCCAGAAUAGCAGUCAGAAUUUGCGCAUGAACUCGACCCAGCCGAACAUGUCACAGCAGGCGCCUGCACCCCGGCAGAACCAAGAGCCUCAGCCAUCGGCGAUGCAAAAGAUUAUGAAGGUCUUGUGUUGCGGUAGAUGA